AACAAGCCUUUUAAAACUAAUAAAAAAAUAUACAAGUAGGCUUGGAAUCAUCUUAAUAAAUAGUCAUAGUUUCGAAUAGCUUUCGUUAGCAGUUUAAAGAAAGUUUACACUAGAAAGAAAUUUAAAUAUAUUUUGUUGUAUAGUUUUCUCUUAAAAUAACCAUGGAAUUCCCCAUACCAGAGGCUCAAUACUGGGACGUAUCAAAGAAAUCGCAGAGAGAUCGUCAGAUGAUUCGAAAGUUUAUUCCCGAUUCCGUCGAUUUGGCCACUGUUAGUCCUAGUGAGAUUUACAAGAUCGAUACAUUCUAUUUGGAGUGUCAGAAGUACAGGGAUCAUUAUCGUGACCCCUACGGCAAAGUGCACUGUCCACCAUUCUUCCAAACUCACAAAGGAAAGUGCGGAAUCAAAUUGGAUCAGAACCUGAUUCGUCUGACGCAGGCGAUUUCAGCAACUGUGGAUCGCCAGCCAAUAGUAUUCCCCCUGAUUCCGAGCAAGAGCAUGUUUUUGGGAACAAGUAUUCCGAUGGGUUCACAUACAUCCAAAAUUGGUGUUACCAGCUUCCUCAGAUGAAGUAAGGAAUCUAUUUCUGUUCCCUUGAUUCGCAACAAGUUUCAGAGCAAGUAUUCCAGCGUACAUCCAAAAUUGGCGUUAUCAGCUUUCCCAGAUAAAACAUAUGUGAUGUGACAAAAAAUGUAAUACAAUGCAGGCAGUUGCAUCUAAAUCAGCCAA